AUGCUUCCAUAUGUCACUGGUUUUACAGAAGGCAAAUAUAUAUCUAAUAUUUUUGGUUCUUUAGCAAAAAAAUAUACAUUUAUUGGUGCUAGUUCUUCAGAAGAAAAAUAUAUGUCUAACAUAGCUGGUUUUCUAGUAGGAGAAUAUGUGCUUAAUGUAGCUAGUUUUCUAGAAAGAAAAUAUGUGUCUAAUAUUGCUAUUUCUCUAAAAAGAAAAUAUAUGUUUAAUAUUGCUAGUUUGCUAAAAAAAGAAUAUGUAUAUAAUACUGCUGAAAAAAACAUGUUUGUUGUUACAGGUUUUUUAGAAAAAUAUGUGUUUACUGCCACUGAAUAUGUUCUUGAUAUUGCUGGUUUUUUAGAAAGAGAAUAUAUGUCUUUUACUGCUAGUUUUUCAGAUAAAAAAUAUGUGUUUAAUGUUUCUAGUUUAUCAGAAGAAUCCUCACCAUUCUCUAUAAUAGAAACAGAUAUAUUUUAUUUUAUUAUUCGAAGUGAUAUUUAUAUUUUAUAG